AUGUCAGGCCUCCACCACGCAGCGCUAAUGUGUCAAGUGCCAAUCAUACAGCUUUUGAUAGAUAACGGAGCCUAUGUAGACAUAAAAGACAACAAAGGAAUGAGGCCUCUUCAUUAUGCAGUGUGGCAGGGGAAACUGGAACCAGUAACAUUACUUCUUCAGUCUAACGCUUUUGUUAAUGAACCAACCAAUCACGGUGAAACACCUCUUCAUUUCGCGUGUCAACAUGGUCACGUGCACGUGGCAUGCGCACUGCUACGUCAUGGUGCUAAUCAAACUCAACGAAAUCACGAACAUAAAACCUCUUUAGAUUUGGCCUGUGAGUUUGGGAGGUACAAGGUAGUGGAAGUUCUUCUAAAUGCUAACCAUUGUCACUCCUUAUUGGCUGAGAACCCGCAAGACAUACUGGAUAAUAAUCGAACCACGUGCCUUCAUCUAGCUGCCAGAAAUGGUCAUCGUGAUGUUAUUAGAUUGCUACUUCGGGCAGGAAUUGACAUUAAUAGGUCCACGUUACGAGGAACAGCUUUACAUGAAGCCGUUUAUCAUAGCAGGUUGGACAGUGUGAGACUGUUGAUAGAGUGUGGAAUUGAUGUGAACAAACCCAACUCUUAUGAACAGACAGCCUUGGACAUUGUGCGCUCUUACUCCAACUGCCAUGUUUCCCGAGAAAUGAAACAACUGCUCAAAGAAAUUGUUAGUGCUGCUCAAGCUCGAGCCAUAAAAGAUUUCAGCGACCCCACGGAUCACGAGUGUCUCCCUCUCAAAGAAGGCGACAUAGUAACGGUCUUACAGCAGUGUUCGGAUGGACGUUGGAAAGGGAUUAUUUAUCAAAAGAACCACACAUCUCAAACAGGUUACUUUCCAGCCACAGCGGUUCAACUCCUUGACAGACCUGUUGGAGGAAUGCAGCGUACUGGAACCCUGAAACCCAGCACCAUUAAAAAGGUAGCACCUCCUGUGGUACCAGACCUUAACAACCGACAUUCAGGUUGUAGCUUCUCCAGUGGUUAUGGAAGUACAUCUACAGCAGACAGAAACUCUUGCUGCAGUGUUAGUACAGAGGAUUCCUUUCCUCCACCUCCAAGGUCUCCAAUUACAGAAUUAGUAGACAAUGGAAGAUUUCCUGAUAAUGUUGCUUCUGCCUCAGUCUCAUCACCAUCUCGUCACAUUGGUCCAUUUUACCAUCCAGUGUCUCAGACACACUAUACCCAAGUAGUUGUCCAUCCACACCCUAACAGCCACCCUAGUACCCCCACUGAAGGGACAAACUCCAUUGGUUUUGGGAAUGCUCCACUGACUCCCUAUAAGAAACCUCUUCAUGGUACUCAGUCAUCUCUAGAGGAUCAAGGGAUUGAUGUGGAGCAGAGCCCUGGUCGAGAGAGUCCAGGAGCCAGUAGUGGAGGAUCAUCUGGUGGAGGGUCACGAAAUAGCACUUCUAGCUUGGACAGUGGCCGAGCUUCAGCUGCAGGAUCAGAUGGCAAGGCUGGGCCUCAUCGCAUGUCUGUGCAAAUCUAUGAGACAAACUCUUGUCAAAGACAAAGUUACCACAGCUCAAGCUCCAGUGUAGACCAGAUCAAUGACAACACCCUCUUGGUCCCUAAAAUUAAUGUUAUGGAGAUGAUGUUACAUUCGAUUCCGGACAAGGAUAUUCUGCAAGCCUGGCUUACCAGCCUUCACUUUGAAGAUUACUUUCAGUUGUUUGUCCGAGCUGGUUACGACAUGCCUACAAUUUCCCGUAUGACUCCUGAGGACUUAACUGCUAUUGGCAUCAAGAAACCAACUCAUCGUCGUAGACUUAAGACUGAAAUUGACAGGUUAAACAUAACUGAUGGUUUACCGGAGUACAAGCCUGAUACUUUACUGGAAUGGCUGCAGUUACUUAGGCUUGAGGAAUACUACAAAUCACUGUAUCGUCAAGGUUAUAACACUGUCGACAAAGUCACAGAACUAACAUGGGAGGACUUGGAAGAAAUUGGUAUUCAAAAACUUGGUCAUCAGAAAAAGAUUAUGUUGGCCAUCAAAAGAAUUAAAGAUAUCAAUAGUGGAAUUCGUCGUCCUAGUCAAAAAAGAGACUUCCAACUCCAUGGAAUGGAUGUAGGAAGUGGAAGUAUUUCUAAGUUACCUCAUCCUACAUCUCUAGCCCAAGCCGUCCAACCCAUUCCUCACUAUCAUUAUCCCAGCCAAGAAGUUGCCAUCACAACAUCUCGAGCUCAGUGUUCACCAACUGCUGAAAAUGCUAGCAUUCCAGAGCUGAAAACCUUCCAGCAGUCUCCUCCCAGGAAUGAUGAUUUUUUCUCUUCUGAAGCAAGAUACGAAUUUUCCUUACCAAAUCAGCUUGCACCACUUUCUCCACAGAAUAUUACAAUGCAGACGAGUUCUACAAAUAGAGGACAUUCUUUAGAAAGCUUAGAUAUAGAUGACUCUGUUUCAACAGUUGCAUAUCCACACUACAUCCAGUCAGAUACAUGGUAUGACACUGUUAGUGCUUGGAGACAGCAUGGUUAUGAUACCGAUAGUGAGCUAAGUGCUCAUGCUGGUGAAAGCUAUAAUGUAUACUUCAGUGAAGGUACUCCAACUUUACACAGACCAAAAGGAAUGGUGAAACCUCGUCCCAUUGCCAAAAUUGUUGCAAAGACUAGACAAGAGGAGAUGGAAUCAAAUGAAAGAACACAGUACAUAGAAAAAGAUCUAAAAGCAGUUCUAAAAACAACUGAUCGAAAUGUAGAUGGGUGGACAAGCUUAGAAGGGUCUCCACGACAUAUACUACCUAAUAGAAAUUCACAGUCCUAUGGAUUAUUGAAAUUGAAACGAACUCCUCCUGCUCCUCCAGUAAGAACCAAAUCUAUGAGAUGUAAUUCUCAUGAAGAUUUGGACUUCAUGCAGGAUAAGGCUUUUGCCACCUGUGUACAGAGCUUGAGGUCUCGGUUUGACCAAGCUACAAACAAACAGAAUGAGCUUCUGCCCCCAGCAACCACAAAUCAAGAAAGACAACCUUCUCCCACUCCUUCAGAAGACUUCCCUCCACCUCCUUCCCCUUUGCCCUGUGUCUUAGAUGAUUCUAGAACAGUACCUGUCACUGCUGGAUCAUUCAAACCACUGGUUUCACAACCUCAUUCCAGCGUCAAAGAGUUUCUGAAAUCAGAUGAACUUAGUGCUAAUCCAAUGUUUCGACAAAGAAGAAAGGAUUCAGCAGAUUCCAACUCUUCUACUUCCAGCACUGAUUCAAAUUCAUUUCCAUUUGCCAAUGACAAUGCAGGAACUAUCAAACAAAGAAUCAGCAAACUGGACUCAAACCACUCAACUUCACAGGUCAAUUACGCUCCGAUGAAAAAGACAAAAAUAGCUUCAUCUUCUAACUUGGAAGGAAGCAUAAAUAUACAAAAUACUGGAUCUAAUGGGUGUGAUAUGAACAGCAGGCCAGGAGAUGUGAUUGAUGACAUAGAAAGCAUGCUGGCCAGCCUAUCCAAUCAGCUAGAUGCUAUGUUAGACACAGAAACAAGUGGAUGAAUGGAGACUUCUAUUGUAUACUACAUAAACACAGCUUACUGUAGUAAUAUAUCACACAAAGAAAUGUGUUGUAGAGGUUUUUGACAACGUGUAUAUUGUUAAGUCUGCAUGAAAUAGGCAGUAGAAACUAUACACAUCAGUGUUAAAAAAAAAUUAUAGUUUUAGCAUUUUAUCUUUGUUAAACAACAGUACAGGUUUUACAUAAAGUCUGUGCAACUUUCAUCAUCUUCAGGACUGUUUAUUAUUGUGAGGAUUGGAAGAUAAGGCUCAUAACUACAUGCAGUACAUCAUAUGCUGUUCUUAAAAUAUCUAGCUAAGAUUGCUACAGUACAGCUUAAUGAAAGAUACUGCUGUGUAACUGUUCUUUACAAAAUAAUUUGUUUUGGAAUGACAGUAUAUAAUUUCUUUUUACAAAUCUAAAAAUUCAAAUUUUAAUCUUUGAAGUCUUCUUGUUUAAAAGACUUCACUGAGAUUUAGAAAUAAAGUUUUCUGUAACAACCUCUACAAGUAACAUAGAACUAAAAACUUCCCUAGUCAGUCUUCCAUUAAAAUUUCAAAUUAUAUUACUAUUUUAUAUACAAGAUAUUACUUAAAAAUAGAGACUUUCCAUUUCAAAAUUCAAGAAAUAUUACAAAGUAGUUGGAUGAAUGUGGGCCAGAAUUGUAUUCUAUAUUAUUUUACUAGUUGAUAUGAAUGAAAACCCCUCUUGUACGGAUAUAUCUUUUGCACCCAUCAUUAACACAUUGCUAAUCAACCUGAAAAUAUUCCAGAAUUUAUAAAACUUUGUACUUUUAUUUUUAGUUUUCGACCUCCAGUGAAUGAUCAAACAUUUUUUCAGUGGAAUGCCAGGUAACAAUGAUCUGGAAAGUCAUGAUAGUGGAUAAAAAAACUGGAGACUGAGCUACUCUUGAGCAUUUAGAAUUAUUAUUAUUGUUUGGUACUUGUAAAAAUGGAAGCAAGGCAGUAUUUGUCCAAGAUAUAUAUAAAUGUGUGUAUGUAAAUAAAUUAUUAGUCUGUAAAGAAAGUUGGCCUUUAUCAAUGGUUAAUAUUUAUAUAUAAGGGCUUGGAAAGUGGCAAUUUAAAUGUAUUAGUUUAAACCAGAUCUGUUUGUUCAUGUUACAUGACUCCUUGGCCAGCAUGGUCACUGGUUGAUUAUUAAAGCUGCCAAGUUAUGUGUUCUUUAGAUCUUUUCAGUUAUUGUAAGAAUCAAGUUGAAUAAAAGUGACAUUAAUUUCUGGAUUUACCUUGGAAUUUUUUUAGACGACUCUUAGCUAACUAUUGAUGCUGUUGUUUUACAGAUGCUUUAUCAGAAGUAACAGAGCUUUGGCAGUAUAGUACAUACUGCAGUAUUGUGUGACCCAGGAAUAGAGAGUGGAGAGCUAAAAGGUUACUAUAAUCUAUAGAAUAAGAUAUUUCAGUAAAACUAGUAUGUUCAAGGAUGUGUCCAUGAAAUAGAAAAUUAGAAAUACAUUCAUUUAUAACUAUCAUAAUGCUUUAAGUUAUUGUGCUAGUACAAAUAUAGGACCUUCAUCUUUAAAGUUAAGUUAUUAACCCUUAAACUACAUCAUUAGUCCAACAACACCAAUGUAACAUGAUUGCAGGGGGAUAAAUCUCCAAAGUUAUGAUUAAGAAUUCAGUGAUUGGUCAACAUUACCCAAAUAACCUACCAUGUUAUUAUAUAUAUUGUGCUUACUACAUUAAUAAGCAUAUUUUAGAGAAAUUGAAAUCUAAGUGUGUAUAUAUAUAUAUAUAUAUAUAUAUAUAUACAAUUGGUAGGAUAAAAACUUUUUUUGUAAAACUGUGCAGAGAAUCAUUAAACAAAUCCCAACUGUAUUUAUAGAUGACAUCUGACAAUCGACCCCAAUACCUUACUAACAACACAAGUCAAAUUAAUAGAAAAGUCCCAGCACUUUUAAUAAAAAUAAAGAUCACACCUGCUUGAGUGUUAAAUAAUCCAGUCUGUCAUCAAUACCGAUUCAGAGAUUAGAAUCAACAAAUUACCAUUCCUCUGUAAAGGUCUGUGAACUUUUAUUUUUCUAACUAUGGCAACUGCUGGCUUUUAUAAAUCCCACAUAGCAGUGCACUAUCAGAUUCUUAAUCAUAUUUACUCAAAAUAAAUUCAUGAAAAGGAGAAAAAAAAAUAGAUUAGACAAAAAAUUAUAAUCCUUAUUGAAAAUAACAUUAAACUACUACAAAUCUUCAAGAGAGCAUCAAUUUCAGUAUGGCAAUGAAGCAGCAGAGGCUUGAACAAGAAUAUUACACCAUUCUUCAAUACGAAUUGUCUCCAAUUAUUUUGUGAAUGUCAGAGCAGGAAAAUGGUGCAUCAUAAGGUCAGCUAGAUUCCAAGAGGGUCUUGUUUUAAAUAGCUGUUAUCCCACUAUUUUGUUUAAUAUACUAAUAAAGUGCUGUUUACUAUAUAAUAAAAUUGCCAGCAAUUCUUACAGUUAGAAUCAAGUGCUGAGGGUGUGUGUCUCCUCACCUGACCAUAUCACAUUCCCUGCUUACUACUUGGUAGUGAAGAAUGGCUUGUGUCUAGCUACUCUACCAAAGUUAUUCCAGAUGAUUUAGCUUUUGUAGUAUGUUGCUGCCAUCAAACAACGAAUUGUGGGCAUAUUUUGGUAUAAAAGUUUUUGUUUCAGGUAUUAAAAAUAGAUAGGAAGUCCAAUCUAUCAUUGAAUUCAUCCCUUAUCACCGAGUGACAAGUGGUGAAUCAAAUGAUAAAUUUGUCAUCAUAUUUAGCUUUAGUGUCUUAAAUAAGCCUGCCUGCUGACUAACUUAGAAGAAUAACUUAGUAGUACCAAUAAUACGUGGUCUUUAAAUCCAAUAUAAAUAUAGGUUCACUGAGAUGAGUAAAAGACAACUAAAAACAGACUGUUUUGUUUGUUUUGGAUAUUCACAUAGUUACACAAGGGCUGGCAUUCACUAAUUCUGAACUGAUAGACUAGAAGUAAGUCAGAUAGUCAACGGCACCCAAAGCCAACAGCUAUUCUGAUCAAGUAGUAAGAUUUGGACAUCACUGUUAAAAGCACCAAUAAAGAGCACGAUUUUGUGGCAACAGUACAUGGACCCUCAAAUUCAAAAUCCAGCAUAUUAAUCACUAGACCACACUCAGUCCAUAAAUUAUCAAUAAGUUUAGAUUCAUAAUGUAAUCAAAUGUGUAAUGGUCCUGAUUAUAUACACAAUGGUCAUCCUGCCACAUUGCCUUAGAUGGUUGUUCUUAAGCAUCACUAAUCUGUGUCCUCUUGACUACACUGAGCAGGCUUUUACUUCCACCCUAUUUCAAAGUUUCUUAAAUUCUUUCUAGCUAGCCCUUAUAUAAAGGAAAACAUAAUAUGACAAUGAUAAAAAGCAUGUAGCACCUAGUCUGAUAGCACUACUUCUAAGGUUUUUGUGGAUAUGGUAUAAUAAAAAUGGAAUUAUUUAAGAAUUUACUUUCAUUGAGAAAACAAUAAAGGUAGUUUUCAAGAUAAAAUAUAUGCACUAUGUAUUUGAAUUAAUAGGCAAUUUUUUUAAAAUUUACCUCUGCAUGUUCACCCUACUUUCCAGAUUUGAAAUGUUUUGAACUUAGGUCUACUGCAGCCUCUUAAAUUGUAAAUAAAUCAACUGAUCUAAAUUUAUUAUAACUUUAGUAAUGAAGAACAGUUACAACUACAUUCUAACUUUUACAUUUUGUAAAUUGAAACUCAACUUACCACACAAUUUAUUGAUUUCCAAUAAUUUCUUUCAUUUUUUCACACUAUGCAUAAUUAAGGUAAAAUUCUAUGUUUAAAAAUAAUUUCCAUUAAUAGCUUUAAAAGAAAACUCGUUAAUUUUUCAUGUUUUGUUACAACUAGUCAAUUCUCCAUAACAUUUGCAUUAUGGUUGUGCUUUUUUUUUUAUUGCAUCAUUGAUUCAAU